AUGGCCAGGACUAAUAUGUUCAUCCUCUAUUCGGCUUUCUCUAGUAAUGUGAACCUAUCCCCUCGCUCCGGGCAAGGCCAUUUCCCACCAGUGCCUAAGCUGGACGCUCGGGUUUCUCUUCUGGAUGGUAGCGGUAUCCAAAAUGGUAUGAUGACGGCCAAUGCUCUCUGCGAAAACUGCAAUGACUGGCAGGGCGGGUCCAUGGACCCAAAGAGUUCAUCGAUACAGUGGAUUUAUGCUUAUAAAGAGGGGUUGCUGCUAGAUUCUGAUAAUACCACCGAGUUAAUCCAAAAGCAUGAUGGGUAUGGAGGUGCAAACACUGAUUUGUCUCACGCGAAGACAGCCUCUACUAACCCGUGUUUAACAUACAACCCAGCUACCGGCCUGAGCAAUACUACCCUUUCCACAGGCAGUACUACAGGUCCUGACAUGCUCAUCGCGCAUGGGUUCAUAGUGGCCAUUACAUUUGUCCUGCUCUUCCCAUCAUUUGCCCUCGCUGCCCCACGUCCCUACGCGAUCUCCAUCCGCAAAGUUCGUGCACCCCUUCAGAUCCUCGCACUUGCCCUCGUCAUUGCUGGAAUGGGCGUAGGUCUUCUGCUUGCUGUUAACAACAAUUUGACGACGAACUCGCACACCAUCAUUGGCAUUAUCAUCGUGGUGCUCCUUACUCUCUUCCAACCAGUGAUGGCAGCACGAGUAUCUUUUCUUACGCACAUCGCUGGCUGGGCCGUUCGAUGGUCAUUCUUGGCAUUAUCAACGGGGGUCGUGGUUUCCGCUUGGCGGGUAUAG